AUGUGUCCAUCCGGCACCACCCAGUGUGUAGAUGGACCAUCGGAUUCCUCGUAUCCUGAGGAACCUCAGACUGUGCAGGACCGGGCCGGCCUUCUAACAGGGAAGAGGUUCUCCUGUACUGAGUGCGGGAAAGGUUUCCAAUAUAAAUCCCAACUUAAUAGGCAUAAAAGAUGCCACACGGGGGAGAAGCCAUAUUCCUGUCCAGAGUGUGGGAAAUGUUUUUUACAUAAGUGCCAUCUUGACAUACAUCAGAGAUCUCACACGGGGGAGAAGCCGUAUUCCUGUUCUGAGUGCGGGAAAUGUUUUUCAGUGAAGUCCAGUCUUUACAGACAUCAGAGAUCUCACACAGCGGAGAAGCCAUAUUCCUGUUCUGAGUGCGGGAAAUGUUUUUCACAGAAGUCCAAUCUUUACACACAUCAGAGAUCUCACACAGGGGAGAAGCCAUAUUCUUGUCCUGAGUGCGGGAAGAGGUUCCGUUCUAAAUCCAAUCUUAUAGUGCAUAAAACAUCUCACCCGGGGGAGAAACUGUAUUCCUGUCCUGUGUGCGGGAAAUGUUUUUCAAGGAAUUACAAUCUUUACACACAUCAGAGAUCUCACACGAAAUGUUUUUCACAGAAGUCCAGUCUUUAUAGACAUAAGCGAUUUCAUACAGGUGAGAAGCCGUAUUCCUGUCCUGAGUGCGGGAAGGAUUUCUGUUUUAAAUCCAUUCUUAAUGUGCAUAAAAGAUUUCACACGGGGGAGAAGCCGUAUUCUUGUCCUGAGUGCAGUAAAUGUUUUUCACAGAUGUACCAACUUUAUAAACAUCAAAGAUCUCACACGAAAUUUUUUUCAGAGAAGUCCAGUCUGCACAAACAUCAGAGAUUUCACACGGGGGAGAAGCCAUAUUCCUGUUCUGAGUGCGGGAAAUGUUUUUCGCGGAAGAAGUGCAGUCUUCAUAUACAUCAGAGAUCUCACACGGGGGAGAAGCCGUAUUCCUGUCCCGAGUGUGGAAAAUGUUUUUCAGAUAUGUCCAAUCUGCACAAACAUCGGAGCUCUCACAUGGGAAAGAAGCCAUAUUCCUGUCCUGAGUGUGGGAAAUGUUUUUCACAGAUGUGCAGGCUGCACACACAUCAAAGAUCUCACACACAGGGGAGAAGCCAUAUUCCUGUCCUGAGUGCGGGAAAUGUUUUUCAAUGA